AAUACGUAUAAAAAAUAGAGGCGAUGGUCGAAGUGGAUUGUAAACACAUCAACUGUACCAAUUGUAACUCUCUUUAUUAUCAACAAAACAUGUGGUCGGAUGUGUCAGCAAUGCAGGGUGGUUACAAGAUGUUUAUGUUCAACUUUCAGGUUGAUAUUCUCGGCGGAGAGAAAGGAGGGCGAGCGUCCAAGCGAGGCAUACAAACGAAUCGCUGGGAGUAUGGCGACAAAUGGAGAGGAGGCGAGUGGAGGAGAGGAUGGGUCGGAGUCCGAGGUGGCUGAGCUUCGCCAGAAAGUAGAGUCGCUACAGAAGCAACUGAGAAACUGCAGAAAAGAACUGACCACAUUACAGAAGCAACUGACCACAUUACAGAAACAACUGAGCAAGUCUGAGCGGCUUCAGAAGAACACAGAAGGCUACAAUGAAGACUUGAGGAAACAGGUCGACAGGCUGAGUACAGAGAUUCAUGAACGGAAGACUAAGACGAACCGGAAAGCUGAAGCUGAGACACAGACAGCAGAAUAUACCUGGUCAGAAACUGAUUAUUACAACUACUACUAUGGAGGAGGCUACUACCGCGGUGAUGGUGUGGCAACAGACACCGAGGGGAUUGUGAUAGCAGAGGGGCAGGAAGCCACGGAUGCCUCACAGAUGACAGCUGCAGAAUCAACCAAUGACCCCGCUACAUAUAUGAUUACAGAUACAAUGACGGCCACAGAGACGGUUACAGAGGUGUCUGUGGGGGGUGGUGUUACUGCUGCUCAACCAGAGCAAGAGGUGGAUGCAGGCUCUAUAGCUGACAUGCUGAGAGCCACUGCUGAGCAGGCCAUGACACAGACUGGCUUUGUGUUUGAUGAGACCACCGGGAUGUACUACGACCACAGCACUGGCUUCUACUACGACUCGGCCAGUCAGUUGUACUAUGAUAACAACACGGGGAUGUACUACUACUACGAUGCAGAGAGUGGCAAGUACCAGUUCCACUCCAGGAUAGAGGUCCCUACUGUACAGCCUGUCUCCGAGACCAGCCAGGAGAAAAGGAGCCUGGACAAGAAGGGCAGGAAGUGGAAGAAAGUUCCAGAGAGAGCCUCUCGUCAGGAGGAUAAGGGCCUUGUAAAGGAGCUCGAGUUUGAGGAGUGGAUUGAGCGGCGAAUCCCCAAGAGGGAAGUGGCCUCGCGCAGGCAGAGGGGGCGGUCUGUCACUCCAGACACUCCUCCACAGAAGAAAAGCUCUUCAAAGACUCGCCGGGCGAAGAGCGCCGAACACUCGCUGAAGAGGAAGAAGAGGAAUGACUGGUCGCGCUCUGAUGCGAGCAGCUCAAGGAGGAAGAAGGCUAAGUCGGACAGACGGGGAAGCAAGGAGAAGGCAGCUGUGUCAGGGCGUGAUGGCUUGCGUGGGAACAGCGAGCCUGAGGAGGGGGAGAUCACCGAGUCGGAGGGAGAAUGGAAGUCUACAUCCUCCUCCUCUUCCCCCCCUCGUCCCACCAAAUACAGCUCAGAGUCAGAGAUGGAGAGUCAGGAAGUUGCUGAGGAGGUGUGGCCGCCCUGUGUGAGGGUGACAGUGGUCAGAUCUCCUGUGUUACAGACAGGAACACUCUUCAUCAUCACAGCUGACUCUCCAGCCACCAUUGGCAGGGAAAAGGAUAUGAACCAUGCCAUCAGAUUAUCUGAAAUGGGAGUCAGUAAGUUUCAUGCAGAGGUGUACUUUGACCAGGACCAACAGUGCUACAUGCUAGUGGACCAGGGAAGCCAGAAUGGAACUGUCCUCAAUGGCAACCGAAUCCUUCAGCCCAAAGCUAAGUGUGACCCUUGCCCUCUGACCCAUGGGGAUGAAGUGAAGAUGGGAGAGACUGUUCUGUCCUUCCACAUCCACUCUGGUACAGACACCUGUGAUGGCUGUGAACCUGGACAGGUCAUGGCUCACCUCGGCAAACACCAGAGAAACCAGCCGGAACAGACAGGUCCAGCUCCAACCAAAGAGGACAAGGAGCUGCUCAGACAGAAAGAACUGAAACAGAUGAAGGUCAAAUAUGGCCUGAAGGUGUGUGUGUGUGUGUGUGUGUGUGUGUGUGUGUCUCUCCCUCUGUCCCAACAGAGCACUGAGUAUGAGGAGACCAAAGCCCUGAGGAACCCCAGGUAUGUUGACAGGGCCGAGUCUCGUCGUCAGACUGUGGGCAGCGAGGGAGCCUUCCAACGUGACGACGCACCCGCCUCCGUUCACAUUGAGAUCAGUGAAGUCAACAAGGGAAGGAAGAUGCUGGAGAAGAUGGGCUGGAAGAAAGGAGAAGGCCUGGGCAAAGAUGGAGCUGGAAUGAAAGACCCGAUCCAGCUGAAGAUCCGGAAGUCCCAGUCAGGUCUUGGGGCGGGAGCUGCUGUGUCGGUGGACGAGGCUGGGUCUCUGAGCAAGAACAAGACCCAGAGGAACUGGGAGAAGGCCAGAGAGAGGUUUAAUGACACCUGCCAGCCAGAUACACCCACAGUCAAGAAGGAGCAGGGCCUGGUAACCAAACCUUGGGUUAAAGGAGAAGUGACUGAAUGACACCCUAGGCCAAUGUUUCUCAACAGUUCUAGUCUGUAUCUCAGAAAGGCUGGUCACACAAUCCACCAUGGAGAAGUGAGUAGUUGACUGGACACAGAUACACAGGGUGACCUAGUUCCAAUAUAUUUACUGACUGAAUCCACUUCUUGGAAUGAGAAUGGUGCUGGUACUCACUUAGAUGUUAUUCCAAUUUGCACUAAAGUGGGAUAUCUCUUAUGUUUCUAGUCCCUUCAGAAUUGGGUAUUGUAUUUUAAAUUGUAAAGAAUUAACAUGCUAAAGAACCUCCUUGUAAAGCAACUGUUAGAUUUGCCUGCGGAAUCUAUCAACUGUACAAUCAUGCCUAAUAAAUGUUGCUUUGAUUUUGUCUGCA